UGCAUUUCUACUGUGAUACCUGUUCUGUCCCCAUAUGUCGGGAAUGUACCAUGGGACGACAUGUGGGUCACAGCUUUAUCUACCUCCAAGACGCCCUACAGGACUCCAGGACUCUCACCAUUCAGCUCCUGGCAGAUGCUCAGCAAGGACGACAGGCUAUUCAACUGAGUAUUGAACAGGCCCAGGCUGUGGCAGAGCAAGUCGAGAUGAAAGCGAAGGUGGUACAGUCUGAAGUCAAAGUAGUGACCACUAGACAUAAGAAGGCCUUGGAGGAGCGGGAGUGUGAGCUGCUCUGGAAGGUGGAAAAGAUUCGCCAAGUCAAGGCCAAGUCACUCUACUUGCAAGUUGAAAAGUUGCGUCAGAACCUGAACAAGCUGGAUAACACCAUUAGUGCUGUCCAGCAGGUCCUGGAGGAGGGUCGUACCAUGGAUAUUCUUCUGGCUCGGGACCGCAUGCUGGCUCAGGUGCAGGAGCUGAAGAACGUCAGAGGCCUUCUCCAGCCACAGGAAGACGACAGGAUCAUGUUCACCCCCCCUGACCAGGCAUUGUAUAUGGCCAUUAAAUCAAUGGGCUUUGUCAGCAGCGGGGCUUUCGCUCCCUUGACCAAAGCCACGGGGGAAGGUCUCAAGCGUGCGCUGCAGGGCAAGGUGGCCUCGUUCACCGUGAUGGGCUACGACCACGACGGGGAGCCUCGCCUUUCAGGGGGUGACAUGAUCUCUGCAGUGGUCAUGGGCCCAGAUGGAAACCUUUUUGGGGCGGACGUCAGCGAUCAGCAGAACGGGACCUACCUGGUCAGCUACCGUCCGCAGCUGGAGGGAGAGCACCUGGUGUCCGUGAUGAUGUGCAACCAACACAUCGAGAACAGCCCCUUCAAAGUGGUGGUGAAGUCCGGGCGCAGCUACAUCGGCAUCGGGCUGCCGGGGCUGUCCUUCGGCAGCGAGGGAGACAGCGACGGCAAGCUCUGCCGCCCCUGGGGGGUCAGUGUUGACAAAGAAGGCUUCAUCAUCGUCGCCGACCGCAGUAACAACCGCAUCCAGGUGUUCAAGCCGUGCGGGACCUUCCAUCACAAGUUUGGCACGCUGGGCUCCCGGCCGGGCCAGUUCGAUCGCCCUGCCGGCGUGGCCUGUGACAGUUCGCGUAGGAUCGUCGUGGCCGACAAGGACAAUCAUCGCAUCCAGAUCUUCACGUUCGAGGGGCAGUUCAUUCUGAAGUUUGGGGAGAAAGGAACGAAGAACGGGCAAUUCAAUUACCCAUGGGAUGUGGCUGUCAACGCAGAGGGCAAGAUCCUGGUCUCUGACACGAGGAACCAUCGCGUUCAGCUGUUCGGGCCCGACGGCGUGUUCCUUAACAAGUACGGCUUCGAAGGGGCACUCUGGAAGCACUUUGAUUCCCCCAGAGGUGUGACGUUCAAUCACGAGGGCCACUUGGUAGUGACGGACUUCAACAACCAUCGGCUCCUGGUCAUCCAUCCAGAUUGCCAGUCGGCACGCUUCCUGGGCUCCGAGGGCACCGGCAACGGCCAGUUCCUGCGCCCGCAGGGAGUGGCGGUGGAUCAGGAAGGGCGCAUCAUCGUGGCCGACUCCAGGAACCACCGGGUGCAGAUAUUCGAGUCCAAUGGUAGCUUUUUAUGCAAGUUUGGCACUCAGGGAAGCGGCUUUGGUCAGAUGGACCGUCCUUCAGGUAUAGCUGUCACCCCUGAUGGCAUGAUUGUUGUGGUCGACUUUGGAAACAAUCGAAUUCUCGUCUUCUAAUCUGUGUUUGAAUUAGGAAGAAACUGUCUCAGGGAAAUUCUUCUAAGAGAAAAUGAAAAAAUACAACGUUAAUUCAAACCUACCUCAUCUUUAAUUUUUUUACAGAUGAAUGUACUUACCUUUUCUGCAGGGAGUGAGCCUGUAAAAUUGAAUUCUAUCUACCUCAUUGUCCUCCCUUCCCUCCCCGGUUUCUUGCUCCCUCCCUUAUCCCCACAUACUCAUAGUUCAGAACGUUUUACCUCUUUCCCCGUGAUGGGGUUUCAUGCACAAACAAGUGUUGCUGUGCACAUUAGGUGGUUUGUGUGGUGAGUUCUGUUAGACUAAGCCAAGAAAGGCGCUAUGUAACUUUUUAAAUGGAGAAAAUGGUAGUAGGUGUUCGUAGAGAAUUUGUGUUCUUGACCAUUCUGCAGUUCUGUGGGUGGGGACAUGG